CCUGGCAGCGUUGCGGAAGUCUCGCGAGCCUUCAGGGUCGCGCUAAGAGUAGGUGACUGGCGCUGGUUUGCUCGGCCUCUGGCGGAACAGUACUGCCCCCUCCUCUCCCGAGCCCGCCCGCGUCUGGCUGCCCGCCCCCCACUCUCCCGGCCCGGCCUCAGACCCCCUCCCCAACCCCAGCCAGCCCCCACGGCAGUAUGGGGGACAACACCAGCCCCAUCAGCGUGAUUCUGGUGAGCUCGGGGAGCAGGGGCAAUAAGCUGCUGUUCAGGUACCCCUUCCAGAGAAGCCAGGAGCACCCGGCAUCCCAGACAAAUAAGCCACGUAGCAGAUAUGCUGUUAACAACAUGGGCGACCAUACCGAUGACCAGGAUGGCGACUCCAGUGAGCCAUAUCCUCCAACCGAUGAGCAAUUGGUUGCAGGGUUUUCAGAUGUUAUUCUGGCAACAAUUUUGGCAACCAAGUCUGAAAUGUGUGGCCAGAAAUUUGAACUGAAGAUUGAUAAUGUUCGGUUUGUUGGACACCCAACACUGCUGCAGCAUGCUGUGGGGCAGGUCUCCAAAAUAGAUCCAUCCCCAAAGAGGGAGGCACCUACUAUGAUUCUUUUCAAUGUGGUAUUUGCACUGAGGGCAAAUGCUGACCCAUCAGUGAUAAACUGUCUGCACACUCUCUCCCGGCGCAUUGCCACCGUGCUACAACACGAGGAGCGCCGCUGCCAGUACCUCACUCAGGAGGCCAAGCUGAUUCUGGCCCUCCAGGACGAGGUGUCUGCUAUGGCUGAUGGAAAUGAAGGUCCUCAGUCCCCAUUCCAUCACAUCCUACCCAAGUGCAAGCUGGCCAGGGAUCUCAAGGAAGCUUAUGAUAGCCUCUGCACUUCCGGCGUGGUGCGGCUUCACAUCAACAGUUGGCUGGAAGUGAGCUUCUGCCUGCCCCACAAGAUCCACUAUGCAGCUUCAAGCCUGAUCCCCCCUGAAGCCAUCGAGAGGAGCCUGAAAGCCAUCCGCCCUUACCAUGCCUUGCUGCUGCUCAGUGAUGAGAAGACAUUGUUGGGUGAACUCCCCAUUGACUGUUCCCCUGCCCUGGUGCGGGUGAUCAAGACUACAUCUGCUGUGAAGAACUUGCAGCAGCUAGCCCAGGAUGCAGACCUGGCCUUGCUGCAGGUUUUCCAGCUUGCAGCUCACCUGGUAUACUGGGGUAAGGCUAUCAUCAUCUAUCCACUGUGUGAGAACAACGUCUACAUGCUAUCUCCUAAUGCCAGUGUGUGUCUGUACUCCCCGCUGGCUGAGCAGUUCUCCUGUCAGUUCCCAUCUCAUGACCUGCCAUCUGUCCUCGCCAAGUUCUCCUUGCCUGUCUCCUUGUCAGAAUUCAGGAACCCCCUGGCUCCCCCUGUGCAGGAGACCCAGCUCAUCCAGAUGGUGGUAUGGAUGCUGCAGCACCGGCUCCUCAUCCAGCUGCACACUUACGUUUGCCUGAUGGCCUCGCCCAGUGAAGAGGAACCCCGCCUGCGAGAGGAUGAUGUCCCCUUCACUGCCCGGGUUGGGGGCCGCAGCCUCAGCACGCCCAAUGCCCUCAGCUUUGGCUCCCCAACCAGCAGUGAUGACAUGACCCUCACUAGCCCCAGCAUGGACAACUCCAGUGCAGAGCUGCUCCCCAGCGGGGACUCACCACUGAACAAGAGGAUGACAGAGAACCUGCUGGCCAGCCUAUCAGAGCAUGAGCGGGCAGCCAUCCUCAGUGUGCCUGCAGCCCAGAACCCUGAGGACCUCCGAAUGUUUGCCAGGCUCCUUCACUACUUCCGCGGCCGCCACCAUCUGGAGGAAAUCAUGUACCAUGAGAAUGCACGGCGCUCCCAGCUGCUCACACUCUGCGACAAGUUCCGUAGUGUACUGGUGGUGGCCACCCAUGAGGACCCUGUCAUUGCCGUCUUCCAGGCACUGCUCACGUGAGCCCAGGUGCAGUGUGGAGAGGCUGCUGGAGUGUGCUGGUGGGGCCAGCCUCCCUUACCCUAUAGCCCCAUCCCCAUGUGCCUGAGCCCUCUUGGCCCUAGGCUUCAACUGGAUGGUCCACCUAGGCCUGCCUAAAGCAGAACCCCCGCUGUCCUCCUUGCUGCAGGCGGGUUCAGUCUGGUUUACAGCGAGUGCUGCAUUCUUACUCUGCUCACCCAGUCCUAGCAGCAGCCUUCAUGUCAUCGAGCUGGAGGGAGCCUCUCAGGACUCAAGUCUGAUGAGGCCUGUGUCCUACGUGAGUGCGGGCUGCACGUUUCUCAGGCGUUCCUCCCAACUGGCUAUGCCCCAUGGCCCCACUGUGUGGACACCCAGGAGGUAUAGGAACAUGUGGUCAGCCUAUCCCCACGCCUCUGAGUGCUGUCCACUUGUGAGGUCUUGCAUGGUCCCCUUGUCUAGCACCACCUCUGCCCAUCACAUGCUGCUUCUUCCUGGCUUGGGUCAGCCCUCACUAUGGCCCCAAAUAAGCCACCAGCAGACUCAUAUGGAAGCUGUCACCUAUCCUGACCAUAAGACACUCCAGGGCCUGGACUGCCCCACUGGGCAGCACCCUGUGCCUGGUUGUGCAGG